GGUCGUGGCGCGUGGACCAGGGGGGUUCGGGUUUACAAUUGCGGGACAGCGACCCUGCGUGGUGUCCGCUGUGGCUGCUGGGGGGCCUGCAGAACGAGCAGGCCUUCGCGCCGGAGAUGCUUUAUUGACUGUGGACGGUGCUAAUGUAGCUCGAGCGCCUCAUGCGUCCGUUGCGAGAUUAGUUGCUGCCGCGCCUGGUGCUAUCUCUUUGAGUGUAGCUCUAAGGGAAUCACCACCUACUGAUACUGAAGACACAGAGCCAGAUGAAAGAGCACGUACCAGAAGACGUCAUCCCCCACCACGACGGAGACCACAAAUGAUGCAUCAUCCAGGCUGUCAUGCUGCACCAAGCACUUCAGGUGUUAAUGAAAUCCUUCAAAACUUGAGUCGCGUGCAUCUUACAUCCGACCACGCAGCCCGCCUCGAAUGUAGAGCAGUGAUGGGGUACCUAGGUACUAUAGAAACACCACAAGCAGCUGCCACUGCCGCUCCAGGCAAUGUAAGAACUGCUGUUAGGAAAUUGAGACAAGAACGGCGGCCGGCUGCGCCGGUGCUACUAUCUGUGCUUCCGAAUGCUCUAUUUCUUCGAAGACCUUCUGGACAAGUUUUAGCUCAAUAUCCACGCGAAAGAAUCGUGCAUGCUGGCUGUGGUUCAGAAGCAGAUAGAAGAUUCUUCGGACUCGUCACGUCGGCCGAGUCACAAGAGGCCGAAGCGUCGCAUAGUUGUCACGUUUUUGCUGUCGACCCAAGAAUGGCCGAACACGAAGCCCAUAUGAUGAGAGCGAGAGAGUUCCAAGUCGCUUGCACGCGGGAUCCAGUUGCGGAAAGGUGUUUAGAAUUCCCACCGUCUGCCGAAUACGUUGUCGGCGUAAUCCGAGGAAUGUAUAGUUUACCGGCUGAAGAAAAUGCUAGCCCAGGGAUGCAGUCAAUAUCAAAAUUAGCAAUCAAAGGCGAUAGUCCCGCCUUAGGUAACUUUUCGAGAUGUAACAGGGCUGCAUUCAGGAUACCGCGAGAGCGUCGUCCCGGUCGCCCGGACGACGACGGCCCGGAUUUUAUGGCAAACUCACCGCAGCCCAGCAAUCACAGCGAAGUGACAACGACGUCUAGCAACAGUGAUUCCGGCAUCGGUUUUCAUAACGACUGCCGGAAUAUAGCAGACCGUAUAUUGGUCGUCGACUUUGCGAGAGGUCCUCCAGUGAGCGCAUUCGUCCGGGAGCCGAUACGUCGGCCGGUGGGGUUAGUGGGCUGCGGAUUCGAUGCCGACGGGUCGUUCCUUUCUAAUGCAUUUCCGGUAGUCGACGGUUUUGCGGGGCAAGGCCGUCCUCUCAAUUUGGACGAUGUGAUGCUCAAUGCGAACGAACCGCAGCCGGUGAGACGUCCUGCCAACGACGGAUACGACUAUAACGGUCGUGGUGGUGCAGUGUAUGACCACGUGUGUAGUGAAGGUGAAGGAUUGUACGAAGCUCCCGGAGGCUCGGGGUCUGUGGAGAUUUAUGAGGAACGAUGGGGAGCGGACGGUGCCUCGGUCCGUUCGGCGCGUAGUCACGACGAGCCUGUUCGGGUCCGCCGUCACCACUUGCAAACAUCUCUGGAUGAUAUGCUCGUGUUACGCCCCCGUGAUACGAAGCCUGAAAAUGACGAUGACAACUUUGUUCACCCGGCUUCUGUUAAGUGUAAGGUUCGAAAAUCGAUAAAACCUCUGAACAUUCUAUCCAAGACGAAGAACAUACUGUCAGGUCGCGAUCGUUCACGUGAAUCACGUGAUGGGGACGCGCAGGAAGAGAGGCACGGUGGAGAGAGUAGAGAUGCCAGGAGGAGAGCGUUGAGUGCCUCCUGCGGGGAGGUGUGCUCCGUGACCGCUAAUGAAGACGGAAUAGCUGGUGCGGCCAGUGAACCAGACCUCAGAGAUACACAGAGCGAGCAAACGUCGCCGUUUCGCCGCUGGACGACGGGUAGUGGCGCAGGCAGCUCUUAUAGACAUCACGACCACAGAAAUAUGUAUAACAAGCAGAUAAGCGAAGGUGCAGUUAGUGGCGGUGCUACUGGUACGGGUGGCGUGGCGCGAUGGUCUUUAGGCCUCGAGCAGCUGCUAGCUGAUCCUGCCGGUGCUGCCGCCUUCGCUCAUUUCCUCUCCAAGGAAUUCGCCGCUGAGAACAUUAGGUUCUGGUGGUCGUGCGAGCAGUACAGUAAGACUAGUGACCCGUGCGAGCGCGCCGCCCUCGCGGCAGAGAUCUGGCAGCGACACCUCGACGAGAAGGCGCCGGAACCGGUCAACGUGGAUGCGGCCGCAAGGCGAGCUGCCACCCUCAGGUUAUGCAGCGAACCAUCGGCGCCUGACCUUUUCCAUCAGGCCCAGAAGCAGAUCUUCAACGUGAUGAAGUUUGACAGUUACCCGCGUUUCCUGCGGUCGAGUGUGCACGCGGAGUGCGCGCGCGCCGACUUGUGCGGUCUGCCGCCGCCGUAUGCGCCGCGCACACUCACGCCCACCGACACACCCACCAAGUUAAAAAAAUCAGCGAGUAACGCAUCGGAGCGGCGGCGCAGCGGCGGAGCGUCGCUGUUGCCAUGGAAACUGCGCACCCCCUCCCGCGACCGCAACCCCGCCCCACCACCACCUCCGCCUCUAACCGAUGUGGUGAAGUCGAGUCAGUGGUCUGGUCAGUGUUCGUUGUGCCGCGUGGUAUUACCGGACGGCGCGACGUCCGUGGUGGGCGUGGAGGCGGCGGUGACUGUGCGGCAGCUGGUCGAGCGGCUGCUGCAGCGGCGGAACCUGACCUGCAAUACGUACGAUGUACUACUCAAGGAUCCGCACGAGGGUGAAUCAGCGAACAUAGAUUUAUCCUCGCCAUCGAGCGUGCUGGGCGGUAGGGAAGUCCGCGUGGAGAGGAGAGUGGUGGUGAGGAUAGAGGUGGCAGGCAGAUGUGUCGCCGUCAGGUGCGGAAGGACUAGGCGCCUCCGACAUGUGUUGCCGCCUGUACUCGCGCGGUACCUGCCCGCUGCUGCUCCGCACCGAUAUAUCAACACGCAACCAUCGCAUCUGCAUGUCGACACCAGAGUACAGGAAUUAGAAGGUGCUCGGUUACAAAUAGUGGAAGUUCCGGAUAAGGAGGAGCCAGGAAUGACAUGUAUCGCCAUACUGAGGGCUCAUGCGCGAGACAAUGACACCGAUUCAAUACAAGAAAAUCAUAGGAUACACGACGACGCACAGAGUAUAAGUGUUGCCAGUACCUCGAGCCGGAGUCACGAUUACAGCGGAACAAACGGUUUCACAGAUACAAUCGGCCUCCCCGUCACCAACGGUAGUCUCGGCAUAGAUACAUGUAGCCUUAGCGAUGAUAAUCUCGGCGGCAGUAAUAGUGCACUUAACAAUGGGCUUGGCAAUUGUAACAAUGGUCUUGGCAACGGUAACAACGGUCUUGGCAACAGUAACAAUGGCAUUGGCAACAGUAACAACGGGCUUGGCAACAAUAACAAUGGUCUUGGCAAUAGUAAUAAUGGCAAUGGCGGAGGACCAAACGGAAGAGUACGCGCCGCUCUGAGAUCAGGACCACCGUUACAUCAUCACCCACCAGAUUUCUUAGACAAUCUCAGAGAGACGCAACGGCAGCGACUCCAGAAUAAAUGCUCGGGGUCCGCUCCCCGCGCGCCCCCGCCGUUACCCCCCAAACCCCCGCAGCGACCCCCUACACUCGUAUGACCCCCUCAAGCAAUCACACUGGACUCGCUUCAUAUGAUCUACUUGUUCGAGACAUCAGGAGUGUUAAACACUCUCUAUUGAGCUGAACGAAAAUGAUCUGGAAUGAUCGAAAUGUCUGCUCUAUAUUGGGAAUGGAACUCCCUUUGAACCGAAAAGCCGGUUAGAGAAGAGCAACAUGAAUAAAGAACGCACAGAAGCAGUGAAAAGAAAUCUUAAAAUUUAAAAUAUUCAAUCGGCCCUUUGUUAUUUUGAAUUCCUCAAAUGACUUCAUGUAAAUAUUCAUAACGAAUGUUCUGAGAUGUACAAUUGAUGCCAUGUUUAAUACUGUUCCGGAGUGAUAGGACAUGAAUGUACAUAUAUAGGAUUUCUUCAUGUAUUAUACGAAUAUUGUUGUAAUUUUUUUUUCAUAGUUUGUGACUAAACACCGAUGCCUUCCAUAGCCAUAAGACUGUACUAACACCUUAAUAUGUGGAAUGGAUGUAUCUUUAUAUUUUUGCUAUAUAAAUGUUUACUUAUCGUAAUAGAAAAUCACAUAUACAGCCAUGUUUGUAAAUAAACCAAUGUAACUAUGCAGAAGUUAGAUUCUUGAUCCUUACAUAACGCAUUAAAGAAUAGAUACAAGAUUGUAUCUUUUAGUUUGUUUUCUUCCGUGAAUAUGAAUUUCUACGAUGCUACUUAUAAAAAUGGUAGUAUUGCAAGUACUUCAAAGAGGGAUUUAUUAAAUUUCAAUGAAGAUCCAAAGGCGGGCCAUAUUAGAAGUGAUAAAGAUCUCUUCAGCAGCUGAUAAAUUUAUUUAUACAUACAAUUUAUAUUGGACAGUAUACAGAAAAUUUAUGGUAUACAAUUUUUUUCAAUUGAAUAAAAUGAACUAUGACUCGUUUUGUCUCCUCAUUAUAAUAAAAUAUUGAAUAUGAUUGCUGUAAAAGAAUACAAAAUUUUUGGAUACUGAUUUUCAAUUUGAACUUGUAAAUAAAGUUAUGUUUGUAAAAAAGUGUAACAUGUGCAUUGAAUAUUAUUAACAUUGUAUGUAUAAUGUAGAAACAUAGGCACCGAUAGAAUAUAGUUAUUUAUUGUAAUGAGUUAAAUGAAAGUUAUGCUCAGAGUAUUGAAUAUCUGAAUAAAAUUUAUUUUUAAUGC